AUGGGUGUGAUGGUGAAGUAUGAGCCAGAGAUCAAAAAGAAGUGGUCAGGUCUGAAGGUGGAGGUGAAGAGGAAGAUGGCAUGCCACCGUCAGAGUGUUACAGGCACAGGUGGGGGCCCUGGCACACCCAAUCCCACACCUUUUGUGUCAAGAAUAGCCUCCAUACUCAGGCCUGUAAGUGUGAGUGGCAUAGUAGUGGGGAAGCAGGGAGACACACACCAGGCGGAGACCGCAGAUGAGACUGGCUGCGUGACACCUUUGCCUUGCUCCUCAUUGAAACUCUUCAAGUCUGGGAGGGGGCUGUGCGUCAGGGUCCUCAUGAAAGAUGAGGUGUUGAGGAUCAUGCCCAUCCAGAAGCAGAUCAGAGCUGGUCAGCGCACAAAGUUCAAGGCCUUUGUUGCCAUUGGUGUCUACAAUGGUCAUUUGGGUUUGGGGGUGACGUGCUCCAUCCUGGGGAAAAGUUACUGAGAUAACAAAAUUGUACCCUACAAGGUGACUGUUCACUGUGGUUCUGUCUUGGCACGUCUCAUCCCAACCCCUCAUGGUACUGGUAUCGUGUCCGUCCCUGUGCCCAAGAAGCUGCUCAUGAUGGCUGGUAUUGAUGACUGCUACACCUCUGCCCGGGGCUGCGCUGCCACCCUUGGAUACUUCGCCAAGUACACCGUAGAUGCCAUCUCCACGACUUACAGCUCCCUGACUCCUGGGAGCUCUUCAUACCAAGAGUUCACUGAGCAUCUGGUCAAGACUCACACCAGGGUGAAUGUGCAGAGGGGCCAGGCUGUGCAGGCUGCUACCUGUUAAUCGUUUUAUACAUAGAAUUGUUGAAUAAAUGUACAGAAAUACCAAAAAAAAAAGAAAGAAAAAAAAAA